GGGGCUCCGUCACACCCACUUUUACUGCAAUGCACUGUGGGACUGCGGCGGAGUGAGGCGGUGAGUGUUGCAACCAGCGCUCAGAAAUGGACGUCUUUUUAAUGAUCCGGCGUCACAAGACGACAAUCUUCACUGACGCCAAGGAGUCCACUACGGUAUACGAGCUCAAACGCAUCGUAGAGGGUAUUCUCAAGAGAGCUCCUGAAGAUCAAAGACUCUUCAAGGAUGAACAGCUGCUGGACGACAGUAAGACUCUGGGUGACUACGGCUACACAAACCAGACAGCUCGUCCCCAGGCUCCUGCCACCGUUGGUCUAGCCUUCCGUCUCACUGGUGACACCUUUGAGCCGCUGCAGGUGGAGGCGUUCUCCAGCCCUCCAGAGCUGCCCGAUGUGAUGAAGCCCCAGGACUCUGGCAGCACCGCCAACGAGCAGUCUGUUCAGUGAACCAGGAAGCCCGCCGCAAAGAGAGGAGGAGGAGGGGGAGGUGGGGGUAGGGGUAGGGGUAGAGUGUUAUGCAUCAGAGAGAGUUGGAUGGACUACACACACACACACACACACACACACACGCACUCUCUUUCUCUCUCUCUCUCUCUCUCAAUUAAAACAUUAAAAAAUUUUGAGAAAAAACACAUGCACACACAAUGGGGCUUAUAAAGUAGUGUCACACACACACACACACACAGUGGUAAGGAGCAAAAGGUUGGCGAUUCAUUGAUCACCUUCACCAACUCUAUGGCACUGCUCUUUGCUACACCAGACUACUUAGCGCAAUGCAUAUGACCGCAUACAGCAUAACCCUCCUGUUCAGGAUACACACACACACACACGAGCAGACUAUGUGGUGCAAAGCAUACUGCAAACUGAGUAACACACACACACAAGGCCAGUCAGUCUGGUGUAAAGCAUAUGACUGCGACUAUACUGACCUGUUCAGGACACACACACACACACAUCCACUGCUACUCCGUAAAACACACACAGUUUGAUUGUCAUUGUUUGAGAGUCAGAAUGACUGACCUUAUUUAAAGUUCACUUUUUUUUCCUCAGUUGUAUGAAUGACCUAGGCUUUGCUUGGGGGGGGGGGUUGUAGCAGUAAGUUCAGUUUUGUUAUCAUUAUAAUAAUUAUUUGUUAACUUUGAGUCCCGUUAGAUGGUGUGGUGAGAAGACAACAUUUCUGUAUUAAAUAAAAUGUAAAAAAAAAAAAAAAAAGAGAGAGAAAAACAUGCAUGAACCAUGCUCCCUCCCGCUCCGAACGCAGAAGGCACAGGACCGGAACGAGCACGCUAGGCCUUCCACACCCCAAGGCUUCCCCACUCGGCCUGGGGCAGCGUCGUGGCUCUGGCCCAGAGCUGUUUCCUGUGCAGAGCUAAGAGCUACCAUCCAUGGUCCCUCCACCCCAUCCUCCUCUUUCUCCUCCUCCUCCUCCUCCCUGCUGUCAUCCUGCACUGCAUCCUGCAUUAUUUAAUUUAAUAUAUUAUAUCUGAUUUAGGCCUGAAGGACACAUACCUUUCCUAGACUUAAAAUAUAAUCUUUUUAUUUGGAGUCUUUUUUUUUUUUUUGUUUGUUUAUUUGUUUUUUUUUUGUUUUUGUUUUUGUUUUUUUUCUUCCUCUUCCUGGAGCUGAUCUGGUCCUCGUCUGGAGUUACUGUUUGUUAGGUUGCAUCUAGGUGUAGAACCUAAGGGAAACGUGGCUCUGUGCUACAAAAUACAGAUAUUCUUCAUGGCAUGGUUCCGGAAGCAAGUUCUGGUUUUGGAGAGCACCAUAUGUGGACAUGGUCUCUGAAUCCAGUCCUGGCUAUGUAUGUUUUGGUUCAUGCCUGCUUCCUCAGUAGGUUUGCUGACUUUUGGUUUUGGUUACCCCACAAGUAGCUUUGUUAGUUGAUGAGUCGUUCAAUAGCAAUGGACACCAUGGUGGUCUCUGAAAACCUUCUAAGGAGCACCACUCCCUGAGUUUGGACACCAUGUCUGAAUUGGGUUUUCUUUUUAUUUUCUCCUCUUUUUUUAGUUUUAUGUAUUUAAUAUGCUAAGGCAGAUGGGAGAGGCGACGGACUGUGUGAGAUUUCUUAUUGGAAGUCAUGCAACAUCCAAAAAAACCCAGUGACUUUCUCUCUUUUUCUCCAAACAAAUGCUAAACAUAGCCUGUAACUGUGAGCUGAAUAAAUAUUUUUUUCUUUUCGUUUUUUUAAA